AUGGAUAUCUCUGUUCGAAGCCCUUAUCUGAAAUGGAUUUGUUCUGUUUCUCAGAGGGAAACACAAACUUGGAGAAUAUUUGGGAGAAAUAAGAUUCGUGUCCUGUAUGUGCCUAAAUCUGUAGAUGAGAUACUCCUAAUUGCAAUGACUGGAGAACAGGGGAAUAUGCACAACUAUUACGGCACCCCAAAGCCUCCAGCAGAACCAGCUCCGUUAUUGUUAAAUGUAACAGAUCAGAUCCUUCCAGGGGCCACUCCUGGCGCUGAAGGCAAGCGCAAGAGGAAUAAGUCUGUGAGCAAUAUGGAGAAGACAAGUAUUGAACCACCAGAGGAAGAAGAAGAAGAAAGACCCGUAGUCAACGGAGAUGACAUGACAGUAACACCAGAAUCAAGUGAACAUGAAGAAAAGAGUACAGGUGUCUCAGCGGAGGUAUCUUCCACCCAACCUUGUCCUGCACCAGGAUAUACUCAGCCUGAAGAAGCAAAGGAGGACAUGGAUGUAACAAAGCAGACAAAACCUGAAGAGAACGAUGACUUGGGCCCAUUGCCUGAUAAUUGGGAAAUGGCUUAUACAGAAAAAGGAGAAGUCUACUUUAUUGAGUGA